AAUAAAUAAAAAAAAUCUUGUGUUGUGUGAUUGUUAAAGGGUCAAUUUUGUGUCUAUAAAUGCCUAUCUGCUAAAGCAGAAAACUUGCUCCUUCUUCAAACUCUAAACUGUUGUUUCUUUGCAUAAAACGAUAUUAAUCAAAAGAAGUAGAAGAGAAGAGUUGGAAUUUAUAGUUCAAUUCCUUCUCAGGUUUGUGAGCCAUGGAGUUCCCUAAUCUAGAACCAGAAUGCUCUUCCCAGAAGAAGAUCGGAAGGGGCAAAAUCAAGAUUAAGCGGAUCGAGAACACCACUAAUCGACAAGUAACCUUCUGUAAACGCCGCAAUGGACUGCUCAAAAAGGCCUACGAAUUGUCUGUGCUUUGUGAUGCCGAGGUGGCUCUCUUCGUCUUCUCCAGCCGUGGCCGUCUCUAUGAAUAUGCUAACAACAGUGUGAGAGAAACGAUUGAAAGAUACAAGAAAGCAUGCUCAGAUUCAACAAACCCAGGUUCCGUUGCUGAAGCCAACAUUCAGUUCUACCAGCAAGAAGCCACUAAACUCCGACGACAAAUUCGUGAUGUUCAGAACAUGAACAGGCAUAUCCUUGGAGAGGCUCUUAGUUCUUUGACCUUUAAGGAACUCAAGAACCUGGAAGGCAGACUUGAGAAAGGCAUUUGUAGAAUCCGAUCCAAAAAGGUUAUUUUUUUCUUUCUUUUUUGCUUCACCUUUUCCUCUUUAAUAAUAUCUUUGUUCAACACUCACUACAUUCUUCAACUCUACCAGAAUGAAUCACUGUUUGCAGAAAUUGGGUUUAUGCAAAAGAGGGAAGUUGAACUUCAGAAUGAUAACAUGUACCUGAGAGCAAAGAUAGCUGAAAAUGAAAGGGAACAAGAACAAUCAAGCCAGCUGAUGCAAGCCUCCUACAACCGCAACUUUCUGCCGUUAAACCUGGUGGAACCCAGUAAUGAUUACUCCAACCAAGACCAAACUGCUCUUCAACUUGUAUAACCUAGCUACCUUCUCCCCUUCCAUUCACAAAUUCAAGCUGACAUGCAAGCAGCAGCAGUCUGUAAUGGUUCUACCAACUUUAUGUCUGGUGAAGCAUAUAUAUAUAUAUAUCUAUAAGCCAUGCAAGUAUAUAUAUAUAUAUAGUUUAUAAAGAUUUGAAAACUAGGUGUUGGUGAUGAAUUUAAGGAGCAUAGGUUUCAAUACUGGACUCCUUUUAACUGUUUAUUUUUGUGUUAUAUGCUUGUUAGUUAAUU